AUGUCCAAAGGAACAAUUACACAGUCGUCGUCGCGUUUGCUAUGCGCAAACAAUGACGAUCGACCACAGUCAAAGGACCUCCAAGAUCUCUUCUCCGCCCUCCUCGCUAGUCUAUUACCACUUGUUCCUCACCGUGUCCGCUUCAUCAAGAUCGAACAUACUUUCCUCGCCGAAGAUGCCAUCCACAACCUCGGCAAUCUCAAAUUGACCCAGUCAAAUCGCAUGCCUGAUCCCAACAACCCCUCAGGCACCGUCGUCUCCACAUCCACAACAACCUUCUCCAUGAACAAGAACACGGCCCGAAAUCUCUGCCAACAAUUUGUCGACGCCCGCUAUAUCGAAUCUGCCGACGGAAAACCUGAUCAGUUGUUUAAGCAAAUAGGAGGAGUGUGGAGGCCAACGUCAAAGGGUAUCACCAUCUUUGACUGGUUCUGUCAAUCCAAUGGUCUUUACCAGGAUCAGCUAAGCGAGCUGCACUGUCUCAUCACAGGGCCUCUUUUGUACCUGGAGCGUGACACCAAGAGCGAUCUCUGCCAUGUGGAUCGGGCAACCACUGAAGUUGUCUUUUGUCGACUAAUCGGUGUUGAUGGACGAGGGAAGAAGGGUCCCUACUCAGAGGGUGCAGUGGGUAUCAGACUUCAGCCCGAGCGUAAGAUCAAUAACCGCACAUACCACGACACAUUCACCGGUUUGGCAGCAGCUGAGUGGCUACGAGACAACACAACAUGUCUCGACCUACGGGAAGCCGUCAACAUGGCCACUCACUUCGUUCACUACAACCUCAUCGAGUCAGUCAACGCCGACUUGGCCUACAUGAACCAGUUCGCCGCCUGCAAGCUCUUCCAACCCACACCCAUCUCCAUCUACCAACUCUCCGAGCGUGGCCAGGACCUCGUCGAUACCAGCUCAUCCAGCCGAGGCUCAUCACAAGGCAAGACUGACGCCUCUUCAUCAAAAGGCGGCGUCAACGAGAGCAACCGUCAUAAGCUGGAGAAGAUUCUGCUCGACCCCACAUUACGUUUACUGUUCCGUGAGAACCUACGUGAGACAUACUGUGAGGAGGGUCUUGCCUUCUAUGAGCAGGCUGAUGUGAUCAUUCGUGACGCCAAAGCCAUGCUCGAGAAGAAGGAUGCCGACGAUGCAAUGAACGAGACCCUAUCACAAUCUCACGUCAUCUUCAACACCUUCCUCGCUCCCGGCUCACCACGCGAAGUCAACGUGAACCAUAAAAUUCGAUCAAGUCUUAUGCAGCGUAUGACCAAGGCGCAGGCCCUCGACGCCACUGUCGCGGAUACCUUGAAGGAGGUGACCGCUUUAUUGGAGACUGCCCAAGAUGCAGUCUUCAAACUUAUGGCUACUGACUCUGUACCCAAAUUCCUUAACAACCCCGCCGCCGAAAGCCGACUGGUACAGGCUGGCGUGCGGUAA